UCGCCUGCUGCUAAGAAGACAAGGCUAAGGGUGUCGCAGGCGGCGCCAUGUCAAGGCGUGUGCAUGUACCCGCGCGCAACAUCCUGCCCCAGUGCUUGAAAAAGGAGGAGAAUGAUCUACGAGCUCCAGUGUCUCCCUCUUCGUGACGCGAGUGGUCGCUGCUCGUUGAAAUAUCUAUCCAAGCUGGGAAGAGGCGCGCCCGACUCGAUCCCAACACACAAACCCACCCACCCACACACACACACACAACCACACACACACCACAUACUCAAACCCACCCACACACACACAAACCCACCCACCCACACACACACACACAACCACACACACACCACAUACUCAAACCCACCCACCCACACCCACACCCACACACACACACACACACCCACACGGUGAGCCACGAUGAACACCAGGCUGUCCUUACUCAUGGUUUUUCUAAAGUCAUUGUUGCCCGCGCCCGGAGCCUCCCUCAGCCCAGGCCAGGACCCACUCUGCCCCGCCAAUACCACCAUCUUGGGGGAUGAUGAAUGGGCGAUCAUUUACACCUGGCAAAAUGUGACGCACGACUGGGGCAAGUUCUUGUUCGUGCACCCCGAUCCUGGCUUCAAGGGGGUUAGGCUCGUGGCGGCGGGCGAUGGCUGGCAGCAGGACGCCUGGUUCACGCUGGACAACACUUGCUUCCCUCUGGACGCACGGUGGUGGUGGUUGCGGGGAGGUGUAUGGAAAAGGAGGAACGAUGACAACAACAAUGAUGGCAUUCUUGACUUUGAUGUACAGACUGGUGAUUGUUAUCUUAGGUGCCGCAGAACAGGCCACUUCCUUAAUGCCAUGAAUGUUACUGUUGUGGCUCACGGGCCCUCAAGGUGGAGAUUAUCGCACCCGUGGCCAUGCACUGUAGAAGGAUACAAACAAGACAGAUACUCAUGGAUAAACUGCACCUCCCACCCCACCACCACCACCACCACCCCUACCACCACCACCACCACCACCGCCACCACCAUCGCCAUCAUAGUCGUGCCGGUGAUGAUUGGUGUUGCUGUUGUUGUUCUGCUAGUGGUGCUGACGAAGUGUUACUGGCAGCGAAGGGAAAAUCCAGUGCCCCGCGUGCCGACGCGGCGUGGACUGGCCGCCUCCUGGCGCGUCGGUGGCGAGGAAGCGGUCAGCGACAGCCACGUGGAGCCGCCCACGGGCCCCACCGUCCUCCCGCGCGUGGCGCCGCGGCAGCAGGAGCACAUCUUCGACGACGACGACGAGGAGCACAUCUACGACGAGUUCCCCGACCCUCUAAUCUGCCAGCAGAUCCCCGAGCCUCCAAUCUACGAGGAGAUCCCCGGGCCUCCAAUCUACGAGAAUGUCUCCGAGCCUCCAAUCUACGAGAAUAUCUCCGAGCAUCCACCCAGCGACAAGGCCGAAAACUUAGACUCCGAUGAUGAUGCUUACCUCACACCGAGGCGAGGCCCCCCGGGCACACCCUCAGGGCACCGACCCACCCACGAGGCCGAAAACUUAGACUCCGAUGAUGAUGCUUACCUCACACCGAGGCGAGCACCCAUGGGCACACCCUCAGGAAUUACAGAGGGCUGA